GCUGUCGCAGCUGACAGUCGGUGCCUAGCCGGCGCGAGAGCGACCGUUAGGGGCUCGUGAGGCUGCGGUUACCUGGGCCGUUGUCACGUGAGGGGCGGGGCUCGGCUCGGCUCUCAGCGCGAGCACAGGUGCAGAGCCAGCGAAGCAAGUUGAUGGCCACCGCCGUACCUGCAUGAUGUAGGACAAUUAUCGGCAACCGAGCCAAGCCUUGCAACAUAAUGCGAGAGGAGCUUAUCACAUGCGAGUCCCGGGUGAACGUGGGGUUGGGCUUGGCAGCGGCCGCUGGCUUCGGACUAAUGUACCUGGCGUACAAGAAAGGGUGGGGGAAGAGGACCUCCGGCAAUAGACGUGUAUUUUCCUUGCAUGAUCUGGACCCAAAAUGCUCAAGACCACGAUGUAACGAAGUGAAGAAGGAAAAUCGAACAAAAGCAGCAGAUAAUAAUAGCAACUAUGAAACACUGAAAGCACAGCAACUUGAAAUAUGGGAGCAGUUAGAUGUUAUACUUCAAUGUGUGAGAGAACUAAAAGGAGAGAUGAUUGAACUUCGGGAAUGCCUGAAUGGGAUGUCAGAUCAGAUUGUUGAAGAUGUCAGGUCAAAUUUAGAGCGAAGCCAUAAAGUAGCAGGGAAGAAGAAAACAGGACCUCGGAGAGAAAGAAGUAAUUCAGUUGAAUCAAACUCCAUCUAUUUCACAGCCAGCACUGGGACUAAAAGCAAUGCUGAAACCGAGAGUGAAGGAGGGUAUACUACAGCUAGGGAUUCCGAUAAUGAUGAUGAAAAAAAAUCUCUAAUUAGUCCACGUGAUCAAAAAUCUUCUGAAAAACUGGACGAGUUCUCUCAACUUUUAAGUGCAGCCAGUGAUUUGCAUGAAGGCGCAAAUAAGGACAAAACUAAAGGAUUUAAGCUGCUAUUGAAUAAAAAAUCUGCUGAAUAUACAAGUCAAUGCUAA